GCGGAAGUUUCAGUUCCGCUCACUUCACUUUACUUCGAAAACUGACAAGGGACGGACCAAAGUCACGCUUCUUCUUCUCGCUCUGUCUCUGUGUGAACGAACACCAGAUCCGGCUUCACAAGCAAGGUGAAUCAUGAGCAGCUACAGCGUCACCCUGGUUGGCCCUGCCCCCUGGGGCUUCAGACUGCAAGGGGGGAAGGACUUCUGUCUGCCCCUCACCAUCUCACGGCUGAGCGACGGCGGCAAGGCGGUCCGAGCCAAGAUGAGCAUCGGAGACAUCAUUCUUUCCAUUAAUGGUAUUUCCACUGAGAGCAUGAAUCACCUCGAGGCCCAGAACAAGAUAAAAGCCUGCACCGACGGCCUCAGCCUCACUCUGCAGAGACCCUCUCCUAAAGAUGAAGUGCCUAAGGACGAACCUCAAGAAAUCAUUAAGCCUGUCCCGAUCACGCACCCCGUUUCAAGCACCACAUACACCAAGCCGUCAAGUCAGUCCAGCCCCGCGUACAACAAGACAGCUCGGCCAUUCGGGGUUGGCAGCAGUGUGAGCGGGGCCCCCAAAGUUGCUUCCAUUCCUUCUGAAUCGUCUGCUUUUACACCAGCUGCUCCCUCUCAGCCGCCACAGCCCCCAUUUCCACUGAGGUCCACUCUACCCGCCCCAAUCUCAACUCCGGCCAACUCAGCUCCCAGGUCUAGCCCCGGACGCGCCGCCUUCACCUCCCCAUCUGUCUCUUCCUCCUCAUCUAACUCCUCAUCCCCAGCCAGAGUGACUGCCCCCUCCUCACAGCCCGCUGCCCCGCAGUCCUCCGUCUAUAACACACCUAUCAACCUCUACUCUAAUGCCAAUGCUUGUGAGGUUGCAGUGGGACAGAGACGAGGUCUUUUGGAGAGCCAGGGGCUGACAGAGCCCAUUAAUGGGAAACCCGCCGUUGAGCCUGAGAACCACGCGUCUCCGCUGAGCGACGCCAGUAAGAAGCGUCUGAUUGAGGACACGGAGGACUGGCACCCCCGGACAGGAACCUCCCAGUCCCGCUCCUUCCGUAUCCUGGCCCAGCUCACUGGCACUGAAAACGAGCAAGUUCCAGAGAACAGUGGGAAGAAUGAGGCACUUGACAAAUCCACUCCCACGGCCCACACGUCGCCUGCAGCAAAGACGUACUCCAAAUCGGCGGCAGCACCCAGGAACGGCAACGUUGUCCCUGGGUCCACUUUCGUGAGCCCUGCGGCACAGAACAAGCCCUUGUAUCAGCCAGGAGGUCCAGGAGGUCUGGGAGGUUUUCCAAAGGGUGGAGCAGCUCCUUCAUUUGGCAAAGUCACUGGCCCUGCUCCAAGAGGUCCGGACCGCCCCACUCCACAGCCACAUCCAGAGGACCUCAACUCUCUUAUGCAGCAGGCUGAGCACAUCCCAGCCGGAACACGCACCCCAAUGUGCAACAAGUGCAAUAAUGUCAUCAGGGGCCCGUUCCUUGUGGCCAUGGGCAUGUCAUGGCACCCUGAGGAAUUCAACUGUGCUCACUGCCACUCCUCCCUGGUCGAGCAUGGAUUUGUGGAGGAGAGAGGCCAGGUGUACUGCGGAAGCUGCUACGAGCAGUUCUUCGCCCCGACCUGCUCCCGCUGCAACCAGAAGAUUCUUGGGGAGGUCAUGAACGCCCUAAAACAAUCCUGGCACGUGUAUUGUUUUGUCUGCACUGCCUGCCAACAGCCGAUCAGGGGCAACACGUUUCACAUGGAGGACGGACUGCCAUACUGUGAAAAAGACUACUACAACCUGUUUGGGACCAACUGCCACGGCUGUGAGUUCCCCAUCGAGGCAGGCGACAAGUUCCUGGACGCCCUGGGAUUCACCUGGCACGACACCUGCUUCGUGUGCACGGUCUGCUCGACUAAUCUGGAAGGUCAGCCGUUCUUUUCCAAAAAGGACAAGCCUUUGUGCAAGAAGCACGCCCACACUGUCAAUGUCUGACCUGGGGUCAAGCUCUGGUGUCCGUUUACAGCGAUUCACAUGUCCUUCAGAUAUUAAAUCUCAACAAAAUCUGAUUACUCUGUAUUCUGUUGAAAUAACUUUGGGUCAGAGGCUCCACUUUAGGCGUUAUUCUUGUGUAUUCAUUAGCUCUUUUUGGGAUGAUAAUGCAGGUGUACAUUUGAAUACACUGUUCGCCCCCUUUUCCUCCAGUUCUGUAUCCGUGUGAGUGGAUUUGUAUCACAUGGAUUUGUUUUCAUUUAUGCGGGUGAAACGUUCAGCUCUUUGUAGAAUACGUGUUUACGGCAAUGACCUACUGAACCCCUCAGGGGUCACAUAUUUAAACAUCAUUAGAAAUGUACUACAUCUGUGUCAUGCACAUGCAAGAUCUAGAAAUUAGGAUUAUUUAAGAUUUUAAGUAUAUUUAUUUGUGAGCAGUCACCUUACAUUCAACGAGAUUCAAAAUUUAAAGGCAUUGGGGCCUUCAGAAUAAAAUUGUAUUUGGCUAUUAAUAUUUUGAAUUCUUCUAAAUGAAUGUGGUAUUUAACGACUCCCAGUAAAUGAAUGCACUCAUUGGUAAAGGAUUAAAUUCAGCCUGUGAUUGAAAAGACAGAUCUAAUAGUGAUAACAACCAGCAUGACAUGCUUGUCUUAUCGUGAGUAACCAUGUGAAAAUGUGCUGAAUUCAUCAUUCCUGACAAAUGGAAUUAAUUUUGUGCUGAUCAGAUCUAAGCUAAUGUCUUUUUAUUAUUUUAUAUAUAUAUUUUUUCAACUUUUGAUGCAGUGUGUAUGCCAAACUGUCUUUAUCAGGAUCUGUUCAUGUUUUUUUCUGGUCAUCUUUUAUUUUUUGGGCAGACUUCAGUCUCUUAACACAAAACUAUUUUAAUAUAUGCUUCCAGAAAUCAGUUGUAAGCUUUUUAUUGCCCUUUUGCCUUUGCACACUUUCUAUGUAUAAGAGUGGUUGUUAUUUGUUUAUCCUCUCAUUGGAUUAGGCAUAAACAAGCACGGCUUUCCUUUCAUUUCAAAUAAAAGGGUUCAACAGUGACCACAAUCAAA